AUGGAGGCCUUUUUCUUUACUCUUUGCGCCCUCCUCGUCGGGUUUCUUUGUCCCAUCCAGGCGGCAGCCGGAGCGACAAUCACCUUGAGCGGCUCAGAUAUCCCUACUUCCAUCUCGCUGCACCAUGCAGCGCAUACUGACUCCAAUGGACACUACGUUGCAUAUGAGUCGUCUACCACAAGGACGAGUACAAGCGAGACAGAUACAUCCUCGUCUAGGAGCUUCUAUACCACCACGUCUGAGAGCUAUACCCCGAUCGUUGGCAGCCAGAGUACGAGUACUGUCACUGCAAACGAGACCACUCUGUCUGGAAACGUCACCGCGACGGAGACCUCGCGGGAACCUCUGCCUACAAACACCCGUCCAUGCAACGGCUAUCCAGAAUUCUGUGCUCGAAGCUAUGGCAACAUCACCCAGGUUGCAGCUCACAACAGCCCUUUCGUCCGACCAGGGAAUAUUGCAAGCAACCAGGAACUGGAAGUCAUAACCCAACUCAACGAUGGCAUCCGAAUGCUGCAAUUUCAAACUCAUUACAUGAAUGGAACCGUCUAUCUCUGCCACAGCUCGUGUGAUCUGCUAAAUGCUGGCACAUUAGAGAGCUAUCUGAAAAAAGUUGCAGAAUGGCUAAAGGCCAACCCCUACGAUGUGCUCACCAUCCUCAUCGGGAACGGGGACUUCAUCAAAGCCACGAACUUCACGGCGCCGAUAGAAAGCUCUGGCUUGAUAGACCACGUCUUUACUCCCAAAAAGCCGACGCUCGCUCUGGACGAGUGGCCCACCCUCUCUGAAAUCAUCCUAUCUGGUAAAAGGGCGGUUGUAUUCAUGGACUACGAAGCCAAUCAGCGCGAUGUUCCAUACAUCCUUGACGAAUUCGCCCACAUGUGGGAAACCCCAUUUUCACCGACUGACAGAAACUUCCCAUGUGACGUACAACGGCCUCCUGGCCUUAACGAGGCGGACGCCAGAAAGCGCAUGUAUAUGGCGAACCACAAUCUGAAUCUCGAGAUUAGCAUUGCGGGUACGACGAUUCUAGUUCCUAAUUCUGUUCUGUUGAACGAAACGAAUGCGGUCUCUGGCUUCGGCAGCAUCGGAGCCAUGGGAGGAAACUGUACAGAGAAAUGGGGUCGCCCUCCAAACUUCCUUCUGGUGGACUAUUAUAACGUCGGCAAUGUAAACGGCUCUGUAUUUCAGGUCGCUGCCAAACUUAACAACGUCACUUAUAACGGGAAAUGCUGCGGAAGAACGACCUCUCUGGCGUCUAGCACCGUGUUCUCGGGCCUGAGGACGAUAUACACGCUGCGGAUCGGCUGGGAUGUUGACCAAGGCAAAAACACGCCAGCAACUCCAUCCACGCAACUCCAAGCCACUUUCUUCUCCACCAACAUGCAACUCGCAACUUGCAACAUCCUUGGGCCAUGGCAAGCAGCCGAGAGGUUCCCGGGUAGAGUCUCUCGCUACCUUCAGCUUUACCAUGGGUCAAACAGACAAACGUUCCAGGCCGCCGUGUAUACCAUGCCGCUUCCCAUUCUUUCGAAGUUAUGGCCUGGUGCUCCCGUAACGAGCGAAAAGGCUCCCAGCCAGAGCUUCUUGCGCCGACGACCUGCGAUACCGCAUCGCAUCCUUCACUCGCUCAUCUACUUGCCGGCAUUCGUUAUGCUCCUCCUCGUGCAAAUAGCGAACGUAUCGAACAAACCCGUACUCCGAGAUAUCUAUUUUCUAAAGAUUGACCUCUCGAAUAUCAUCCCGUUGACCGUUCCAAACGCUGUCCUGAUUAACAGUAUCGCCCGAACGAUAGGGUUGCAUGAUUUCUAUCAGGUUGGAUUAUGGAACUUCUGCGAAGGAUAUGGGGAUGGUUCGGGGAUUACACGCUGUUCGAAGCCGAAAGCAACGUACGCUUUCAAUCCAGUCGAAAUUAUUACAAGCGAAUUACUUGCUGGUGCUACAAGUCAGUAA